AUGAAAGACGAUGCAGAAAGGGGGGACGAUGAGCUAGCCAAAAUUAAAAGCUCAAACGGUAACGAUGCAGAUGUGGGUGCAAACAACGCGGACAACUCGAUUAGUUCGGACAACUCGAUUAGCUCGGACAACUCGAUUAGCUCGAACAACUCGAUUAGCUCGAACAACUCGAUUAGCUCGAACAACUCGAUUAGCUCGAACAACUCGAUAAACUCUGACACGGAAAUACGAAGUGACGUUUCAGUUUAUACAAAUGCCAAGUCGGAGGGGGAAGCUAUUCACGUGGAUAAGCCGGAGGGAAGUUGUUCAGGUGCAUCUAUGAGUCAGGGUGGAAGGGGAGGAACUGUGGGUCGAGGGGAGAACGACCAGAAAGAGGACGAACAUGGAGAAGCGGCACAUGUGAAAGGCAGCGAAGGGGACGAAAAGGGUGAAGAAAAAUAUGCUCAUGAGAGGAGAUCCCUAAACGUAGACCCCACUGUCGUAAGAUGCAAAGAUAAGAAUGGAUCUCUUGAUUCCGGGGACACCCACCAAGGUGGAGGCGGCGUAAAGGAUGACGCAGAGGACGACGUAAAGGAUGAUGUAAAGGACGACGCAAAGGGCGACUCAAAGGAUGACGUAAAUGACGACCCAAAGGACGACCCAAAGGACGACCCAAAGGACGAACGGCGUAGCAGUCGCGACGGCACCGAUGAGAUUCACAACAAGAACGGAGACAAACCAGUGACAGAUUCAAGCGAUUGCACUAAAGAGCUGGAGACAAAAAUGAGUUACCAAAAUAAACAGGAUCAGGUGAACCUAAGCAGAAGCGCAAAUGAAGGCGCAUCUGGUGGGAAGGGUGCAGCAACUGAAAGUGAUCCCAAUGGACAUGCCAGCGAAGUGGGAGAGCAGAGCAGCGAGGAAGGUGAGCAGACUGCAAAAGGGGAGCAGCCCGCAAAAGGUGAGCAGCCCGCAAAAGGGGAGCAAAACGAACAGAGCGAAGAACGUGAGGGCACCCCAAAUGGAGACAACGAUGGCUACCUACAUGAAAUACCAAAAGGGGGAGCUUCCGGAGAGGUGAGAGAUGAAGGGAAUGAGUUGGAGGACGGAAAAAUGGAGAUGGUCGAAGAGAUUCCGUCUGUGAUUGCUUCUGAAUCAGAUGGAGAUGUGACGGACGAACGAAAUUUGAAGAGACGCUUCAUGAGAGGGUCAGCCGAUAGAAAAGAAAACGACGGGCACGACUCGGGUGUUGACGGUUCGAAGGAACUGAUUAAUGCAGGUUCAGCGCAAUUAAGUGAUAAAGGCUCGGAAAGGGGUUCCAUCGUUAGAGGGGCAGGUGCUUUGAAAGGAAACGACAUGGAGGAGAUUGCAAUCAUUAACGGGGCAGGUGCUUUGAAAGGAAACGACAUGGAGGAAAUUGCAAUCAUUAACGGGGCAGGUGCUUCAGGAGGAACUGCGUCGAGGAAGGGAUCCUAUGUUAUCGGAGCAAGCCAGUUUAAUCAGGACACUGCAAAGAAAAACUCGCACGAUAGCAGCGUAGGUGGGUUGACAGAAAAUGCGCCGGAAAAAAACUCAUUCGUUAACAGGGCAGCCGACUCGAAUGAAGACAGCAGAAGGAAGGCUUCCCGAAUUAAUGGUACAGACGAUUCGGGUGAAAACGACUCAAAGAGGGGUUCACUUGUUAGCGGAGAAGGCUACUUUAGUGGAAUCUUUUCAGCGGGAGAUUCACUUGCUGAGAGGACAAUCGAUUCGAAAGAAAGGGAGACCAAGACGGGCUCGUCUAUGAGCUGGUCAGGCGAUUUGAUGGCGAAAGACACGAAAGGCACGAACGGAACGAGCGGAACGAACGGAGCGAACGACACAAACGGAACGAACGACACGAACGGAACGAACGACACGAACGGAACGAACGACACGAAUGGAACGAACGACACAAACGACACAAACGGAACGAACGGAACGAGCGGAACGAACGGAGCGAACGACACAAACGGAACGAACGACACAAACGGAACGAACGACACAAACGACACGAACGGCACUUCGCACAUGAAUAGACCGGACGACGUGAGUGAAAGCAGCUCGGAAAAACUACAUGUAGAGAUCGCCACUAACCUGAGCGUUAACCAGGCAUGCGACUCAAAUGAGACUAAAUCGGAGGCAUCCUUUAUGAGCAUCAAAGUCAUUUCUAAUGCAAGCGGCGCAAAGGAGUCGAGAGGUGGCAGCCAAGACAGGGAGAAUGAAAACAUGGAAAAUGACCCGUCCGUAGGCACUUCUGGGGACGCAGAUGGGACCGAGGAAAGGAGGGGUUCACAUAUUAUCGAUCCGGAUUACUCCUGUGGAAGCAGUGAGAAGAAGGCAUCACUUCUUAACAGCACAGCCUGCUCGGAUGGAAGCACCGCAAAGAAGGCAUCACUUCUUAACAGCACAGCCUACUCACACGAAAACGAUUUAGACGAACUCCGCAUAAACAACGCCACUAAAGUCUUUGCUGACAGGUCAGGUGAUUUGAUUCAAAAUGGCACAAGUAAGACAAGGACGUAUGAGGACCCCUCAGGGGAUGUCAGUGAGAAAAUUCCCACAAGGGAAUCAUACGUUAGGAAGACAGCCGAUUUUAGUGAAAAUAAGUCGAAGGGGGAUCCUUGCGUGGACAGGACAAGCACUACGAACGAGCGAAACGAACUCCAUUUUUGCAUUAACAGGUCAGGGGAUUCAAGUGUGAAAAAGAUGAAGAAGGGCUCACACAUGGAUAGUUCAUCCGGUUCGAAGGAAAACGACGCAGCUGAGUUGGGGGUAAACGGCGCAAUUGAAUUGGGGGGAAAUGACGCAUCUGAAUUGGGGGUAAACGACGCAGCCGAAUUGGGGGUAAACGACGCAGCCGAAUUGGGGGUAGGCAGUGUGAGUGAAAAUUGCGCCGAGGGAGUCUCCUACAUGGAGAGCUCAAAGAGGGGGUCCUACAUGGAGAGUUCAAGAAGGAGGUCCUACAUGGAUACUUCAAAGAGGGGGUCCUACAUGGAGAGUUCAAGGAGGGGGUCCUACAUGGAGAGUUCAAGGAGGGGGUCCUACAUGGAGAGUUCAAGAAGGAGGUCCUACAUGGAGAGUUCAAGGAAGGGCUCCUACAUGAGCAAGGAAACCCACCUGAACGAGGGCAACACAAAGAAGGGAUCCUUCGUGGGUACGGCAGACCAUCCUAACGAAGACAACACAAAGGAGGGAUCCUAUGCAAUCAUCGCUGGUGAUUCGAAUGAAAGGAGCGGAAGGAAGGCUUCCCAAAUUAGUAGUCCAGGUAACUGGAGUGAGAGGAACCGAAGGAGUCCUUUUCAUAUGCACAGGAUUGACCAUUUGAGUGAAACCAGUUCGAAGACGGGGUCAUACAUGGAUGCUUCGGGGGAUACGCGCACAAAGGAGAAAAGUGCGUUUUAUAUUAACAGGUCAGGUGAUCUGAGGGGAAGCAGAUCAAGGAAGGCUUCACACAUUAGCAGGAAAAGUGACGUGGGCCAAGGAGAGGGAAACACAUCGUGCGUCAGUAGGUCAGAUGGUCUGAAGGAAAACGACACGGGGAAGACAUCGCAUGUAAAUGGGACAGACUAUUCGAACGAAAAGGAUGGAAGUUCUUCGCUCGUUGGAGAGUCAGGCGAUUUAGACGAAGGUAACACGAAGAAGACUUCAUUUAUGAACGAAGAAAGUGAUUCGCAAUUUAGCAGGUCGAGAGAUUUGAUGGAAAACGGUUCAGGCGAAUUAAAGGUGGGCGCUUCAAAUGAGUUAAAUGUUAACCAGUUGGGCGAUCUCCUUGGAAACGAUGUAGAGGGAAACGUCUGUAUGGAUAGGCUAGACUACCCCUGUGAGAGUAGCCUAAUCGAAGAACGUACGGAAGACUCAACGAGGUUAAGUGUUGACAGGUCAGAAAAUAUAAACGAAAAGAAGACAGUACGGAUGUCACUCAGUGGAGGAUCCGUCAGUUCAUCUCAAAAUGAAAAAGGAGACCCCCUUUAUCUGACCAGUGGAGGUAAAUUUAUUGAAAAAAAUUUGAGUGAAUGGAGCCUUAGCACAUCUAAGGGGAGUUCAUCUAUGAACAAGUCCGGCGAUUCAAAUGGUAGACAGGAGUCGAAAGAACUAACAGGAGAUAUGACGAAUAAGAUAAGAGCCAACAGUUCAGGCCAGUCGUAUGAAGAAAACCCUGAGAAGUCCUACUUUGGCACCGCCGAUAAUUCAAAGGGGGAGACAGAAACGAGGAGAUCCUAUGUAAAGGGAACAGAUAACUCGAAUGAAUACCUCCCAAAUGAGCCAUGUACAGAAGGAGAUCCAUCGUUGAGUAUUACUAAUUUGAGUGGAAUGAGCGGAAUGAGUGGAAUGAGUGGAGGCAAGUCAAACAGGGGGGCAUUCACCAGCAUGGCAAUCCCUUCCAGUGACAGCGGAGGUAGGAAGACUUCCCACAUCAUGAACAGGACAGGGGGGUCGAAUGAAAGUACUGCAAGGGAGGCCUCCGACAUGAACUAUGUAUACAAUUUUGAGAAAGACGACACAAAGGAAUCCAUAGUUAGCAUAUCGGUAGGGUCGAACAGAAGAAACACAAAGAAGGGGUUACGUAUGAGCAGGUCGGACCGUUUGAAUGAGGACCGCUCGAAGAGCCAGUCUAUCGAUGGUGUUGGCGAUUCGAAUGAAGGGAGCGGAAGGAGGGGGUCGCACGUGGAGAGGUCAAGGGAGGGAUCCUACGUGGGGAGGUCAAUGAAGGGGUCCUACGUGGAGAGGCCAAUGGAAGGGUCCUACGUGGAGAGGCAAAUGGAAGGGUCCUACGUGGAGAGGCCAAGGGAGGGAUCCCACCUUGACAGGGAAGACCACUCGAGGGAGGAGAGCGAAAGGGAAGCUUCCCAAAUUAGUAGCCCAAAUAACUGGAGUGAGCAAAACAGAAGGAAAGGCUCGCAUACUCACAGGGUAUACAACUCAAGCGAAAACGAAUUAAAGGAGGAAUCGAGUAUUAACAACUCAGGCGAUUUACUUAAAAACGGUGAUAGGAAGACGUACUACACACACAGGUCAGGCGAUUACAAUGAAAACUACGAGGAGGAAGUCACUGCCGUUAAGGGAUCAGAUGAUUCGGAGGAAGAAAGCACAUACGAAUUGGACACAGACGGUGCGACGAAAUUGACAGUCAACACUUCAAGCCGUUUAGUAAAAAAAAAUGGACGGAAGAAGACGUCACAUAUGAAUAGGCCAAAUGACUCCAACGAAAUAAACACGAGGAAGGACUCAUCCUUAGAGAAGUCAAUUAAUUUUAGUGAAAACGGGUUGAGGAAAACCUCACAUGUGCUGAAGUCAGAGACAGGCGAGAUCGCCAACAAGACAGCCGCUACAAAUGAAAGCGACUCAGCCAAGGAAUGUAUUAACAGUGCAGCCGAUACAUAUGAAAGCAACCCUGAGGUUUUUUCCCAUGUUAGUGGGUUGGCAGAUGUGAGCGAAAGCAACACGAAGAAGGGGUCACUUAUUGACAGGUUAGACAGUCUGAAUGCGGACGACCACUCGAAGAGCUUCUCUAUUGGCAGGGCUGGCGGUUUUAAUGAUGAGAGGGAAAGGGACUACCACAUGAGCAGGGUUGGUCAUUUAAAUGAAAUACACGAUAACUCAUCGCUCACGAAUCGGAAUGGAGAAUUGGGUGAGAAGGGGGAACAAGAUUUUCCCACCAAUAGGUUAGGUGGUGCAGAUGAAAUGAACGACACCGAUUUGCACGCAAACGGGGUUGAUGAUUUAGCCGAGAAGAGCUAUCGCGACCCCUGCAUUAAGAAGACAGGUGAUAUGGAGAAGCCAGGUGAUAUGGAGAAGCCAGGUGAUAUGGAGAAGCCAGGUGAUAUGGAGAAGCCAGGUGAUAUGGAGAAGCCAGGUGAUAUGGAGAAGCCAGGUGAUAUGGAGAAGCCAGGUGAUAUGGAGAAGCCAGGUGAUAUGGGCAAGCCAGGUGAUACCGACAAAACGAAAGACCCCACCCCGCAGGAGAGCCGGGUCGGCACCCCUGACGAAACGCAGCGGACGGAUGGAUUGAGGGCAAGCAGCGCAGUCAGUGAAAGCCAAAAGCCGAUUAAAAAAUUGAGGGAGUAUUUUUUGAGUGGAAAAAACGAUUCAGGGAUGUUGAAAGACAGCACGAGGGACGUAAGUGGGGGACUACGCGAAAGGGGUGCAGAAGAAAGGGGUACAGACGGAAAAGGAAGAGGCGAAAAAGGCAACCCUCACCAUUUUAAAAACUACCAGGGGAAAUAUAAAUUUCAAAUGAACAUGAAGGAGGAGGAAAUAAAUGAGCUGCAGAAAAAGUUAAAGGAUGAAUUUCAAAUGCUACACGAAAUGAGCAAAAAGAAAAGCAGCCUGAAAAAUAUUUUGGAAAAUUGUGUGCAUGUAAAGUGUGUGGAUAGUUCCAAAGAAGCGAUUGACGAGGAGCAGUACGAUCGAGUUGAUUUGAAACACACCCUGAGUGGAUGUAGAAGUAGAAGCGGAAGUGGAAGUAGAAGCAGACGCGGAAAGGAACAUACUGGAGGUGACGAAACGGGGAAAGUGCACGCGAAGGGGCCUUUGGCUGACUCUCAAGACGAAAGCGCAUUUGAAGAUACACGACCGGAGGAGGCAUUCGACAUGUCCAACUUUUCCACCGAGAUGAGUAAUCGCGAAAUGAAGAAGCUGAGAAAGUGGAAGUCACUGAUGAUAUCGAAGGAACACAAAGACGACUGGCUUUCAUCCGACGUCCUCUUAUGGUGUUUCUUGAACUUCAUAAAAUUGAAGAAGAUCGUGAGUAUAACUGAAUUGUCGAUUAAGUUUCAAACGAAGCGGGAGAACAUACGGAGAAAACUCAAAGAACUCGAAGAACACGACAUGAUCCAGGGGGUCAUGGACAUGGAAGAGAACUAUAUCUACUUGUCCCAGGAGGAGGUGACCAAACUGUGCGUGGAGAUCCUGUCCAUUGAAAAAAUAAAAACACACGAGGAUUUCGUGGAAAUAUGCAACAAGGUCAUAUCUCUCAGUAUCAACGAUCAGGAUGUGCAAAAAUUGAAAGAAGUGGAGGAAAAAAUUGUUGAAGCGAAUAAAAAAAGAUAUUCCGAUUUUGCCUGCACAACCUGA